AUGGCUUUCAAGAAGCUCUUUGAGCCAUUUGCCAAGCAUCGAAGGGCACUCAAGGCUGCCCCUCGGGAGAUCUAUAAUCGACGGCUGAUUCUGUCAUCGUUGCUCUAUGCUAUGGCAGCUCUUCCAUUGGCUUGGGACCAGGCGACAACUGCAGCGAUUCCAUCCCUCCCAGGUUUCCAGAAGCAUUUCCAGCUCAGCUCCGGGAGCAGCGCCCUCGAGAUUCGAAAUUUCGUCUCCAUCGUCUUCGCUGGGGCGGGUAUCGGUGCUGGUUUGUCAUUCUUCCUCAACGAUAGACUGGGCCGCCGAUGGAGCUUCCGUCUCUAUGCCUGCAUCUGGAUCCUUGGGCAGCUGGUCGCUACCGCAUCUCCGACCCUGGCAGGCCUGUAUGCUGCACGCAUUAUAUCUGGUCUGGGCAUGGGUGCACUCACCGUUACUGGGCCCAUGUCCAUCGUGGAGAUCGCCCCGGCUGAGAUCCGAGGCACGCUCACAGCCUGGUUCAAUGUUGCCAUGAACAUGACCGCAACAUCUGGCGCGUUCUGCGUCUACGGGAUUCAGAAGAACAUGUCAUCCAGCGCUCUUCAGUACCAAGUUGCGUGGUUCUCGCCCUGUGUCUUCCUCUUCCUCUGUAUAAUUGCUAGCUUCUUUGUUGUGGAAUCUCCUCGUUGGCUUUUCUUAGUCGAUCGACACGAGGACGCGACCAAGGCGCUCAUCAUCCUUCGAGGUCUGCCUGCCGAGCAUUCCCGGGUGCAACAGGAGCUCAUGGACAUACAAAACGCCAUUCACGACGAAAAGGCUAUGAAUGACGAGGGCAUCCUUGGCAUCUUCAAGGAAACCUUUCUCAAAGUUUCCAAUCUUCGUCGCGUGCAGCAGAGCCUCGUGACGUACGCUCUUGCGCAACUCUCUGGCGCCAACUCCGUCACCUCCUACUUUGUCCCCAUACUCACUCUCAUUGGAAUUGGCGGAGACGCGUCGAGGAAUAUCUUCCUCAGCGGCAUGUACACAUUCUCUAAGUUUUGCUUCGCCAUCAUUGCGUCCUUCUUCUUUGUUGACGCACUGGGUCGACGCAAGUCUCUGUUUGUAGGAGCUUUUCUCCAGAUGGUCUCCGACUUUUAUAUCGGUAUUUAUGUCAAGUAUAAGCAGCAAGGAGAUGUUCCCAGGUCAGCAUCCACUGGAGCUGUUGCUUUUAUAUUUAUUCAUGGAUUUGGCUACGUUGUGGGUCUGUACAUCCUACCGUACGUUUUUGGUGGAGAGUUGUGGCCAAACAGGAUCAGAUCAUUUGGCUCGGCUCUCUCCCAAUGCUUUCACUGGCUGUUCCUCUUCGCCAUGGUGUACGGCGCGCCAUCCCUUCUGGAACAGACUAACAACUGGGGCGCAUUCAUCUUCUUUGGUUCUUGGUGCUUUAUAUCCCUAGUCUACGUCUAUUUGAUGGUGCCCGAGUCGUCUGGCCUUAGCGUUGAGGAACUCGAUCGUAUCUUUAGUGGCUCCUGGUUUAAUGCCGCCCGAUCGACUGGGGCCAACGUUGCUGUCCUUGAGGGCCAGGAACACGAAAAGAAUGUCAGCACUGUUGAGAAAGCUACAAAGUCUGAUGUUUAG